CUCAGUUUCAGUCCAUCUGUAUGGCCUUUUGCAGAUCUACAUGCAUCACACUACUUUUGGAUGACUUGAUGGCUUCAUCCUGGAGCAGGCAUAGAUACGAAAUGGUCUGAGUGUGUUCUGCUUAUUCGUCCUUCUCAGUCUCGUUCGCGAAAGCGAAACACUUCAAAUUUUAAAGAUGGCGUCGGACGGCCCUGCACUAGCAGCAGACGGAGCUGCACCCGGAUCAUCCGAUAGUACCAGUGCCGAGGUCAUCCAGCUUGGCAAGACGGAGAAUCCCAACAUCUCGUCCUACGGCAUCAUCACGAAGAACGGCCUGCUCGCCAUGUACGGCGAGGCCCCAAAGCUUCCCGGGAAGGAGUGCGCGCAGAGAUUGAAGGCUUUGGCAAACUACCGGGAGGAAUUUCUGGAGCGGGUGGUGCCGGCACUGGAAAAAGCAGGGGAUGAAGAGCUGGACCGGGAUCAGUGUUGGAGGCUGGUAUAAAUGAAAGUUAAGAUUUCUCUUGAAUUGAAGAUAUCAACGUGGACGCACCAUUUGCAUUUCAAACGCCGCGCCGUACUGCAAGAACGCAUCGACCACGUCCACAUGAUGCAAAAUGCACUAACUCGGCUUUCUGCACGACAGCCUUGCACCCAAAAGCAAGGUGUUGAAACUGAGUACUGUGGUAAAUAUUCAAAACAGAUGUCCGACCACACCUGCAUGUGGGAGAAGUAUUCCCAUCCGACCGUGAUAAGCAACGGCCGGGGCGGCUUCAGCUACCACUCGGGCAACACCUGGGGCUGCGAGCAAUUUUUCCGUCCGGGAGAGGAAGUUAUUUCCGGAGCGGUCUUCUGCGCACGCGUUCUGCUUGCGGGGCGCUCGAGCGGGGUCAAAAUCACCAACAAGGCGGUGAACAUCGAGGACUUCGACGGUAUUUGGAUAAGUGUUGGCUGUUGCAGCAGCUCCAGAGGUGGUCGUAUCUAUUCGAUGAAUUUAUGUUGGAGGACGUCGAGGAAAACUACAAACCACACAAGCAACACCCCGAAGCUCACAAGAGCGUUGCAUGACGAUAGAGUGGCAUUAGUACAACUAUAGCACUUUUUUAGAAAGAAAUAGAAAUGAUCAAAACACGACGCGCCGCAAAUACAGAUUUCGAAGACGUUCUUUGGUUCAACGAGCAGCUCCUGAUGGAAGCGAUUCAGAAGAAAUGGGGUGGCGACGAGGACGGUUUUGACGCGGAUGAAUUCACGAUGGCCCUGCAUAAGAUGUACAAAAAGAUCAAGACACCCUGGAUGGAAAUCAAAAGCAGAGCCACCAUGGGUGGGAAGAUCACGGAAGUUGGAAUCAAGGCACUUUACGGUACAGCUUCUUGAUGUUGCCGUAGUUGGUAUAGCGGAAAUAAAGGAUGAACUUGUGAUUGGGCGCGUAAGCCGACACGAUUGACUCGUGUCGGGAUAAUUUCUCAUGCCGCUAUUUCAGCUGAUUUUUGCCAGAAUAAAGUACUUACACAUCAUCUUCUACUCUAUCAGGUUUUACCCACAAGCUCGGGCAGCGGCCGACGGCUGAGGAGAAGCACAAUAUGAAUAUCACCAAGAUGACGGGGUCGGAGUUCUGCCGACGCUUAGAGCGCGCCCGUGCCGAGGCGGACUGGGAAUUCGUGGGGAAGUUUUACGAUAAAGUAUGGGACGCACACGGCACGGACGAAAACUUGUACAAUUGGAUGGAAAUGAUGAAUCUGGCCACGGAGGCGUUUUAUGCAUUGCAAAAGCAUUGUACUCGUAUAAAUGCAUUACAAAUUUCCUCAGCAUGAGAAGUAAAAUUUGUACUGCGGAUUCCCCCCAAAAAAAAGAUUUGUGAUGCAUGAUUGCAAUGCGAGUACGAUACUUCUGCACAGGAUACGUUUUUCAGCAAACCAAAAGAGUUGGCGGAGGGCGAGGAGGCGGCCAAAGCGGCUUUGGCAGCCACUCUGGCAGAUGAUUAAGUAGGUUGAGGAUAAUUCUAAAGCUAAGCAGUUCGCUUACUCAUCAUCGUCAUGAUCGUGAUCGACAUUUGGCCAGCGCGAGUUGGUGCUGGGCGUGUAAAAUUGAUGAACUGCCGCGAACAGCAACAGGUUUCACAGCAAAACAUACUCAUCGUCAUUGAAAAUUGAUCCCACUCCAGCUGGAUUAGACAGCAAGAGUAGAAAAGAUUGGCCCUUCGUCGUUGUGUGCUAGUUUCAAAGACCUUCC